AUGUGUGAGUGUGAGGUGUGUGAGUAUGAGGCGUGUGAGGUGUGUGAGUAUGAGGCGUGUGAGGCGUGUGAGUAUGAGGCGUGUGUGGCGUGCAGUAUGAGGCGUGUGAGUAUGAGGCGUGUGAGGCGUGCAGCUAUGAGGCGUGUGAGUAUGAGGCGUGAGGCGUGUGAGUAUGAGGCGUGUGAGGCGUGUGCGUAUGAGGCGUGUGCGUAUGAGGCGUGUGCGUAUGAGGCGUGUGCGUAUGAGGCGUGCGCGUAUGAGGCGUGUGAGGCGUGCGAGUAUGAGGCGUGUGAGGCGUGCGAGUAUGAGGCGUGUGAGGCGUGCGAGUAUGAGGCGUGUGAGGCGUGCGAGUAUGAGGAGUGUGAGUAUGAGGCGUGCGAGUAUGAGGCGUGCGAGUAUGAGGCGUGCGAGUAUGAGGCGUGUGAGUAUGAGGCGUGUGAGGCAUGUGCGUAUGAGGCGUGUGAGUAUGAGGCGUGUGAGGUGUGUGAGUAUGAGGCGUGUGAGGUGUGUGCGUAUGAGGCGUGUGAGGCGUGUGAGUAUGAGGCGUGUGAGUAUGAGGCGUGUGAGGCGUGCGAGUAUGAGGCGUGCGAGUAUGAGGCGUGCGAGUAUGAGGCGUGUGAGUAUAAGGCGUGUGAGUAUGAGGCGUGUGAGUAUGAGGCAUGUGAGGCGUGUGAGUAUGAGGCAUGUGAGGCGUGUGAGUAUGAGGCGUGUGAGUAUGAGGCGUGUGAGUAUAAGGCGUGUGUGGCGUGUGAGUAUGAGGCGUGUGUGGCGUGUGAGUAUGAGGCGUGUGAGGCGUGUGAGUAUGAGGCGUGCGAGUAUGGGGCGUGUGAGGCGUGUGAGUAUGAGGCGUGUGAGGCGUGA